UUGCGCGAGAAGUAGACGACGGCAGCGGCAGUGGCAGCGGCUAGAGGCAGGGCAGUCAGAGUCGGGCAGUACACUACUCGACACUCGUCACUCGACAGUCGUCAGUCGACACAAGACUCGUGUCAGUUUCAGCUGUGUGCGGUAACGCGGUGCCUUAUUCUGUAUAGUGAUUGUGUCAUGUGUGCGCUCUGAGUCCUUAUAGUGUACAAGAUGUCUGUGCUGUUGGAGUCACGGUCUUUUCGGCCGUUCAAGUCGAGCGAGGAGUAUCUAUGGGCGAUGAAGGAGGACCUCGCGGAGUGGCUGAAUGGACUUUAUCCUGACCUUUACAUGAAUGUCAAUAACUUCAUGGACCGCCUCGAUACCGGAGUGGCUCUAUGCAAGCACGCCAACAGCGUGAGAAAGUAUGCUGAAGAGUACGUGAUGAGAAGACAGAACCAAGCGGGCAAGUACAGCAAGUCCGCAGCCACCAUUGCGACCUCGGUCCUCAAGUUGUCCUCGGUGAGAUCAUUUCCCGGCGCCAAGGCGGGUACGUUCUUCGCGCGCGACAACGUUUCCAACUUCAUAUCGUGGUGUCGCCGUGGCCUCGGCGUUUUUGAAUGUCUUCUCUUCGAGACCGACGAUCUAAUCAUGCGCAAGAACGAGAAGCAUGUCAUCCUCUGCCUGCUGGAAGUGGCUCGGCGAGGUGCCAAACUAGGUAUGCCGGCACCUAUGCUGGUCCAACUGGAGAGGGAGAUCGAUAGAGAGAUCGCAGCGGACAAGCGGGACCUGAAGCGUGGACUGAGUGCAUGCCAGGGAUAUGACUAUGAGGAUGAUGAGGACGAGAGUGACCUCAGUGAUACUGAGGACUGUCGGCAGUACGGCCCCUUGCCUCAAAUUGUCACCAACGACCUCAAGAGUCUUGACGAAAUGGUGCGAGAUCUGGUGGAGAAGUGUCGCUGUCCAACUCAGUUCCCCAUGAUCAGGGUGUCCGAGGGCAAGUACCGCAUAGGAGACACGAAGGUUCUCAUUUUUGUCAGGGUGUUGAGAAGCCACGUGAUGGUGAGAGUGGGGGGAGGCUGGGACACGCUCUCCCACUAUCUUGAUAAGCAUGAUCCUUGUCGCUGCAAGACAGCUCACCGAGCUCCAGUGUCGGCUAAGAUAGUUGGCAUGAAGACUGGCAUACCAGGCAUGGAUAUCGCCGGCACUCAGGUGCAUUACGAGCGAUCACCUCCAAGAACAAGACGUUCGUCCGCGUCCAGCGUAGGUAGUAACAGUGGAGGCCUCGCUCCUUCGACUCCACCAGCCAUCAGAAACCGCAGCCGUUCUCCCUCCUUCCAGGGACAGCGCAACACCACCUUGAGGACUUCAGUUGACAGAGACUCAGGCCGCAGAAGCCGAUCGCCUACCCCACGCAGAACUCUCACGCCCACACCAGCAGCGGAUCGCAGCAGGAAUCGCAGCAGGUCACCUACUCCUAACUAUAGGCUUUCUCCGAGUCAGAGGAACCGGAGUAGAUCACCGACUCCGAGACGAGAACUUACACCGACAGUGGACUCUAGGAAUCGGUCAAGAUCUCCUUCUUUACGAAAAGAAAUGAAAAACUCAAGACCAUCUACUCCUGUUGUGAAAGGUUCUAGAUCUGCUUCUCCUAAAGAGGGCUUUACCGAAAAGCCGAGGCAAGAAAACACCUCAUUUGAAGACGAUUGUCUACAGGAUACAUUGGACCGAAAUAAUCGAUCUUCAACCCCACUAGCAGAGUUCAGCUCAAUAAGUACAACAUCAGUUCCUUUGUACAGCGACCACAUGAAUGAUAUAUUUUCAUCGCCCGAGCAAGAAACACAAAACAGUUCUCCAUUUAGUUCGAACGGUGUCGACAGUGAAAUCACUGAAGCUUUAACACCCAGUCACAGGGCCGUGGCGAAUUUAGUCACUGACGAGGUUCUGAAAACCUCUUUAGAAGACAAGAAAUUUGACUUAGCUACAGUGGAGAACUCAAACUCAGCUAAGAACAAAGUCGAAGACAUAUCUCCGGGAGUGGACUGUUCACCGUGCAGCAAAGUUUCGGACAAUUUCAUCAAUCAUCCAUUACGAGGUUCUUCCAGUAACAUCAGCAUGCUUGACUCUCCCCGACAAAACACAGGCCGAGAAUAUGAGAGCGGAGUCGACACAACACCCGCUCAGCGAGUUUCAGAUAAUUUCACCAACCAACAUAGAGUCUCGAUAUCCGUCAGGAGAAGUCCAACUCCAGUAAAAGAGAUAAAAUCAGGAGUGGACACGACACCGUCUAGGCGCAUUUCAGAAAACUUAGUCGGCACAACAGAUCAUCAUUCUACAAAGCGACCUUCUACGAAGUACGGAAGUGCUAAUGGACUAGACACCUUGGGAUCUUCAGAUGGUCAUACCAAUAACGACAGCGGAUCAGAGGUGUCAGACGAAGGGUAUCGCAGCCUAGGAAUAGUUCCUACCCAUCAGGUGACCACGGCGUCAGGAGUGAAAUCACUUACAGGCUCUCCAGUUCGAGUUCCCAGAACAACACGAAGUCGGUCUGUGGGAGGCAGCCACGAGAGUCCCCAGCAGCCAGCACCUUUUCGCCGCAACGCUCCGACAAACCGCUCGGCCCGAAUGCUCUCGACCGCCACUGCCUCUAGCUCCACACCCCGGGCCACAUCCAACACUUGGAAUAGUACUGGGGGGCGCUCGGGCAAGAAGACCCGGCCCGCUCUGUCUCAGGACACGUUCUGCCAGCAGGUUGCCGAGAUCAUGCAGCAGUACGCCGCUAUGAUGCCCAGUCCUCGGAAAGACUCCAAGCCCGACUCGGGGAUCACUACCCGUAUCCCUGCUCCUGUGCAAAGGACAUAGCUAUUGUGGCAUAAUUUCCCGGUACUUACCUGAGUAAAAAUAACCUUAGUAGAUGGCGCUACAUCUGCUUCAUACAAUGGAUACGCGAUCGGUUUUUAGGCCAUCAAAAAGAGUUAUCAAAUCAACUUAUAGUAUAUUUUGUUCUUUCAAAAUACAAUUUAUAUGUCAGAUCAUAUCUUUUGGGUACCUUAUAAAAUAUCCGUGGGAUAGUAUUAAGUUUGUCUAAUUGAUCUGAAAUAACUAGUAAUUUUGAAACUGAAACAGAAUAACUAGUAUAAUAAAUAAUAAUGUAGUCUUUUGGCAGUCCUAAAUGAUCGCUACAAAGCGGUGUCACGAGCAACUCGAACUGUUCGACUCGGGUGUUGUGACUUACAUGGUAGUGUCUCUAUUUUUUAUACGAACGAAGUAUCCUGUAGUAUUUUUAAGAGAAUGUGAUCGCAAGAUAAGACUGUGGUGCUUUUUAGGUCAUCAAACUUUUACAACACCUGAUGAAAAAUAAUUUUAAAAGUUAGAGUAUGUUUAUACAAUUUAAACACCAAAUAUCAUGUACAUGAACCAUACACGGUACAAUAUACUGACCCGCUAGAGCAAUGUAACUCAGUCAAUCAACCUUGAGUGAUCUAGAAAUCUUAUUUCUGCGUUUUGACUCAAGCUGUAAAAUCGAAAUUCUCUUCUCUCUGGACAGACGUAACAAACCAACUAGAUUAUAGGGCGAGUUUUGUAUUUAUUUAAUUAGUGCCUCUCUGAAAAAAUUGUAUUACUCAAUAUUUAAAACCCGAGUAAGAGCUAGAAUAAGCACAAGUACGAGUAUCACAGCUCCAUAGGCCUACUGAAAAUAUUGAUAAGGAUUUAAAACUAACAGUUACUUUUUACGAUCCAGUCUGCACCAUCUCACUCAUGAUAUGCUUAUUAAUUAGCUAGACACAAAAAGAGAACAAAACUAUUCAUAAAUAUUGGUACCUUUCAGUCACUGCUAUCUGAGGUAAAUCAUAAUUAAUUCUGAUGAAAGCAUGCCAGCAAAUAUCAUCUUGUCUUAAUAAUAUCUAAUUUGACAAAUAAAACAAGAACGACUUUUAAUACCAUCAUAUUAAGUCCUAUAAGUAGGAAUAUGACUGUUUUAUGUACGAAGAAUAUGUCCUAAAAGUUGUAGCUGAUAACUAAAAAAACGUAAAGUAUAUGUAUAGUGUAUAUUUAUACACAAUUUUAUUCGUUAGUUAGAAAUAUCGCACCGCCUGCCAUAAUUGCUCAUUGCAGUCCACUUCCGCCAUAGACAGUUUGUUACCUUUUCUGAAUGAUCCUAUUCUCUACUUCUCAACCUAUAGGAAGAUCCUUGAUUGAUUCCCUCCUAUAAUACGAGUAUUUUAUUCAACUGCAAUUUGGAAACAGUCAAAUAAUAUUAGGUCUAAUAAUAAAUAAUAAUACUUUUAUAUUAGGUAUAAUUUUUAUUAGGCAAAAUUGGGUCAGAGGCGUGUUACAGACACAUUGCAGGUAGUGAACACCAAUGACUAGACAAGUGGACUGUUUGCAUGGACAGGUUCGCGCAGCGGUUAACUCAUUCAAGGAACGCUACUCUCGUUACUUAACUCGAUUAUCUUACAAUGACUUCUGCACUUACUAGACUAGGUUGACUGAGGUCAACUACUAUUCUGAGCACUGCUGAGGCCAUCUCCGACUGUGUGGUGUAGCUUGCUAUUGCAUUUGCUAGACCUCAUUCCUGCUAGAUCCUGCCGUAGUUAAAUAUGCACAAUCGCAUUAAAUCAGCAGAUUGAACGAUUCCUUGUGAUUUUUAAUUAGCAAUUAAACCAUUGGGCUUAUGUGCUUAAGAAUAAACAUGGAAAUUAGUUAAGAAACAUGGUUUGGGUUAACAAAUAUAACUUCGCAUUAAUGUUUUCCACAUUACAUUUAACAUUUUACAACAUAUUUUGAAUAAAGGUACUUAGCAUAAUACAUAGCAUGCAAAAGGUAAUAUCCGAUCAAAUAAAAUACACUUAAACUGGAAAUUACAUUAUAUGUUUCCUAAACGACUUUUCAAAGAAAGGUUUGUGUAAAAUUGGGAACAAGGAAAAUAAGCUUGUUAUUUUGGUCAAGCGUGCACUUAUGUGUUUAUUGCUUGACACCUUCACUGCGAAACGAGUAAUAUACUAACUCUAUAACAAGCAGAAUAAUAAUGUACGUCCGCAGCAUUCCAUGUGUAAACUACGAUAUCUCCGUAGAGAUAUUAUAUGUUGUUAAACAGCGCUGCCUAUUUGCUUUCCCAUCAACUCUAAUCACUCUUCCCCUUCCUUCCAGUGAGCGCCCCGUUAUCUCUUCUGUCUAUCUACUGUUAUCUCCCUCUCUCACACACACAGUAGCAUGCACUGUAUAUUGGAUAUUCGUGGAAUAACCAGAUUUCCUCGCGUGAAUUAGAAAAGUAACUUGAGUUUCCUUUCGUGUUCAUACUUCUCAGUUCAUUUAGAAAGCAGUCGGUAAACAUAGUUCGAUAUUCAUUUCAUCAGAUUACGUAACUUAAGGUGCCUAGUGGGAAAAAACCUUUACUCGAUAUUUUCAAAACUUUUACGUGUAUGGCUCACUUAUCGGCCAACAUGGAGUAGACCAUUCAGAAUAUUGAUCGUGUAUGGAUCGUUUAAAUAACACCUAUUGAAUUUAGAUUUAAUCAUAUAGCCCUACGUUCAAUCACUAUUGAAGUGCGAAUAUUGCAGUAAAUAAUAUUAUACUGAUUGUUAAAUUUUUGAACUCCAAAUAACGAACAGUUAAAUAGAAGGUCACUGUUUAGAUUUUGUUAUCAUUAUUUAGAGAGCGAUACAUUACUUUUAAAGCAUUAUGAUACUUUGCACUAGUAUAAUUAUUUUGCACUAGAGUAAACUUCAGGAUAUAAGUAAUGGUGGUUGCAUAUAAUAAGUGCCAUGUUUAUGGCACGCAUCUGAAGGUGAGAUAGUAAAGCAAUAGUAUUUGGGCCUAUAUCGAAAACCUUUUACGUUACUGUUGUCUUAAUUUCUAUUUUAGGGAUGUAUUUGAUUUUAACAGCUACUUGAAUUACAUCACAGUGUACUUUUAUGUUUGCUUUAUGAUAUGUUUGUAUGCUAAUGGAUACAAAGCGACUAGUCAAAGACUUGGUGUCUAUAAAUUGUCUACUUAUCUUUAGUUAAGGACUUCUUUAUAAUAUUCAAUUGUUACUUAAUAACUAUAUUAUUGAUUAACUGUACUUUAACACAACAUUUCCUUAGAGGAAAAAUUAUAUAUAUUUUAAAUGACAAAAAAUAAUCAUAUAAAGGAUUAUAUUGUAAUUGUAAAGGCGUAAUUUAAGGAAAUUUAUUGAUAUAAUUGCAAAUAACACCUUAGAAAACAAACUCAUACAAGUAAAAUAAAAACCCAUGUAUGUAUGUAUGUAUACAAAUAUUGGUGCUCAUCGUGUAAGAAUAAAAUAGUAAUUGUUGUUAUCAUUUGUUAUUUUUACUGCUAAUAACAAAACAUUGCAUAUUUUGUUUCAUGAAGGAACACAGCAGAAAAGCUACUGAACUAAAAUAUUAACUUAUAAAUCUUAUAACACUUAUAAAUUUUGUACAGCUAAAAGUGCAAGCCUGAUGUUUAAAGUCCUGCCUGAGUACAGACCAUGAGAUGGAAAAUGAAACAUAGUUAUUGUUAGAAUAUGCUGAACUAGAGAGAAGAAACGUUACUUGAUUCGAAAUAAUCUUUUUUUACAAUUCUUAAACGUAUUACACCCAUUCCAAAGAUUUUGGAAUAUGUAACUUUUCUAGUCAUACACUUAUUAA